UCUCCUCCACAGCCACAUGCAAGAUGGGUUACCAGCAUCUUCUAUCCUCUAUGCUUCUACUUCUCAUCCUUUCAAGCUUCAUCCAAAUGGCAGCACUUGGACGUACACCAUCAUCGACCAAGCUUCUGUACAUAGUGUACCUGGGAGAGAGGCAACACGAAGAUCCAGACCUCGUGACUGCGUCGCACCAUCAUAUGCUCUCUUCCGUACUGGGGAGCAAGGAGGAAGCCGUGAGUUCAAUUGUCUACAGCUAUAAGCAUGGCUUCUCGGGCUUUGCAGCCAUGCUUACAGAAUCUCAAGCAGACAAAAUUGCAGAAAUGCCGGAAGUGAUCAGUGUCAAUCCAAGCCGCAGCGUUCCACUGCUUACUACGCGAAGCUGGGACUACCUUGAUCUUGGUUAUGAACAACCCCAACCCACAGGACUACUCGUGAGAGGCAACUUCGGCGAUGACAUCAUCAUCGGCGUCGUCGACACAGGCAUUUGGCCGGAAUCGAGAAGCUUUGAUGACCAUGGUUACGGCCCCGUCCCAUCCCGUUGGAAAGGAACGUGUGAAGUAGGUCAAAACUUCACCGUCAACCACUGCAACCGCAAGAUCAUCGGUGCAAGAUGGUACGCCGGAGGCGUCGACCCUUCUCUCAUCGAAGGAGGCUACCAGUCUCCCCGGGAUUCCGAGGGCCACGGAACGCACACGGCUUCCACGGCAGCAGGCUCGUUGGUGACUGAUGCGAGCUUCCAUGGUCUGGGCGCCGGCACAGCGAGAGGAGGAGCUCCUCGCGCCCGGCUAGCAAUCUACAAGGCAUGCUGGGCAAAAGCAGGGUGUCCCGACGCUGCUGUGCUGAAGGCGAUAGAUGAUGCUAUCCAUGAUGGCGUGGACAUCUUAUCACUCUCACUUGGGGGCGUACUUCACCCAUACUUUGCUUCCAUACAUGCGGUAGCAAAGGGGAUAACUGUGAUCUUCGCUGGAGGCAACGAUGGACCCGUUACCCAGACCAUUGCUAAUGACAUGCCGUGGGUGAUCACCGUCGCAGCCAGCACAAUCGAUCGCUCUUUUCCUACCCUCCUAACCCUCGGAGACAAUCAAACUGUGGUGGGACAAUCCCUCCUCUAUGAAUCCAUGGACGAAGGAUUCACGAAGCUAGCAUACGGGGGGAGUUGCUCGCGCGACGCUCUGAAUUCGAGUGAUGUAGUCGGAAAGAUUGUGCUCUGUUACGAGCUUGCCAUCGCCUCAAGCACACCACCCAAGCGACACUUUCCACUGGCUGCCAUUAAUGUUCAGGAAGCAGGAGGGAAGGGCAUUAUCUUUGCACAGUACUCCGCCAGCAUCCUCCACUACAUCGACGAAAUUUGCAACGGCACCGUAUGCGUCUUUGUAGAUUACGAGAUGGCCACACUAAUGUCCAUUUAUGCCGAGAGUACGAGAUCCCCCCUGGGAAAGGUGAGCCCAACGCAGGAUAUGGUCGGGAGUGGAGUUAUGUCGCCCAGGGUCGCAGCUUUCUCGUCGAGAGGGCCGAGUAUAUUGUUCCCAGAUCUAGUCAAGCCCGAUAUCACAGCUCCC